GCGCGCUCCUCGUCCUCAUCGGCAUCCACGAAUCCGACGCCGAAUCCGAUGCCGAUUACAUAUGUAGGAAGGUCUUAAACAUGAGGCUUUUUCCUAAUGAAGAGAGCGGGAAAGCUUGGGAUCGAAGCGUUAUGCAUCAAAACUUUGGAGUACUAUUGGUGAGUCAGUUUACCUUGUAUGGCGUUCUGAAAGGCAACAAGCCAGAUUUUCAUGUGGCUAUGCCGCCUGAGAAAGCAAAAGUUUUUUAUGCUUCCUUAGUUGAUAAAUUCCGGAAAUCAUACUCUCCAGAUGCAGUUCAAGAUGGUGUUUUUGGAGCCAUGAUGAAGGUUAAUUUGGUAAAUGAUGGCCCAGUCACAAUGCAACUUGAUUCAUCAGAAGCAAGGACUGCCUCGGAAACAGUCGAAGAUGGCAAGAAAUGAUUUUCUAACAAAAUGUUCAUGGAGGCUCUUCAAUAUCUGUAGGAGCUGAAAGAUCUCAUUCUAAAUCUUGAAAACAACAGUGUCAUUGUUGAUAUGUUUGGACGAACUGCUGCCUGAAAGGCUCGAUGUUUGUUUAUUUUUUUCCUUGCGUUAAUUGCAAGCAGACUAACUAUAUAGUGUGACGGUUUUGAACUUAGGACCAUGUAGUUUCAUUUUGGCUGAUAAACCCCCUGAAUGAAAGUUUUUUUUUUUUUUUUGACUUUUUUAUGCGAGGAACAUUGGCUUUGUAUCGGCCCCAAGUAUGGGUCUUCACAGUGUAGACCGAGGUGAAUGGCACGACUGUGACUCCAAGCCCUAAGGGGCUGUUUGGUUGUAUGUUUUUACCCUGUAAAAGGAUGGAAAGUGUAAAAAAGUGAGUCCUAAUGUCA